AUGACAGCAGUAGCAUCAAAUACACAAAUACAGAAUAUUCAGACCUUUGCUCCUUUACAGGACUCUGAAACACCACUUUCGAACUCAUUAAAUGGUAACCAACAACCAGGAAAACUGUCACAAGAAAAGCCAGAGCUGACAGCUCCUGAACCCGAGCAUUGUCCCGGUACCGAAUCUGAGCUUGCGGGUCAGGCCGAUGCGUGCCAGGGCUGUCCAAAUCAAGAGAUUUGUGCUAGCGCACCCAAGGGUCCGGACCCAGACUUACCUCUGAUUCGUGAGCGCGUCAAGGACAUUCAGCACAAAGUCCUGGUACUUUCUGGUAAAGGUGGCGUUGGCAAAUCAACAUUUACAUCAAUGCUGGGUUGGGCCUUUGCUGCAGAUGAGUCUCUUGAAGUCGGGAUUAUGGAUGUGGACGUGUGUGGACCGUCAAUGCCCCAAAUGAUGGGCGUGCAGGGUGAGCGCGUGCACCAGUCAGGAGAAGGUUGGACUCCGGUUUAUGUCGAUGACAACCUUUCCGUGAUUUCAAUUGGAUUUUUGCUUCCAGACCCGGAUAACGCUGUUAUUUGGCGAGGGCCUAAGAAAAACGGUCUUAUUAAGCAAUUUCUUAAGGAUGUAGUUUGGGGAGAACUCGAUUAUCUCGUUGUUGACACACCUCCAGGAACCUCCGAUGAGCAUCUUUCAUUAAACAACUAUCUGAAACUGGAAAAUGGCGAGAGCGGUGUUGAUGGCGCUAUUAUUGUGACGACACCACAGGAAGUAGCACUGCUUGACGUUCGCAAGGAAAUCGACUUUUGUCGCAAGGCCAAUAUUCGCAUCUUAGGAAUCGUCGAAAACAUGUCUGGGUUUGUCUGCCCCAACUGUAAAGGUGAAUCAUUUAUUUUUGCACCUACUACUGGCGGCGGUGAGGCCUUGGCUAAGGAACUAGACAUCCCAUUUCUUGGGAAAGUUCCGCUAGAUCCUCGAAUUGGAAAGGCUUGCGAUGAGGGCGUUAAUUUUUUACAAGAAUAUCCAGACUCACCGGCGUGUACCGCUAUUUUGGACAUCAUUGACAAGCUUCGAGAUGAAGUUGAAGGCUCACUGGAGGAAGACCUUUCGGAUGACUAG